GACUUCUCUGAGCCCUUCCAAAGCCAGCGAGUUGUUUUAGCUGUUGAAUGUGUGCUGAUCGUGAUGGAAUAAGCUGCCGAUGUUACGGUUUUCCGCCGUUUUCCUUGAGUCGUCAGUGGAAUAGUGGUGUCUGUGGUGUCUUUAAUCAAUAUUUACUUAUUUGCUGAUAUUUAGGUGUUUUGGUUCAGUCACCAACGAUGCCGUACGCCAAUCAACCAACGCUGACCCUUACGGAGCUGACUGAAGAAAAUGUGAAAUUCUGUAUUGAAGAUACCGAUCUCAGCGUGGCCAACAGUAUCCGCCGCAUUAUGAUCGCCGAGGUGCCCACUCUGGCGAUCGACUGGGUGCAGCUGGAGGCGAAUAGCACCGUGCUGUGCGACGAGUUUCUGGCGCACCGGAUCGGAAUGAUCCCGCUCACCUCGGACGAGGUGGUCGACAACAUGCAGUACUCCAGGGACUGCACGUGCCCGGACUUUUGUCCGCAGUGCAGCGUGGAAUUCACGCUGGACGUCAAGUGUAACGAGGGUCAGACGAUGCACGUGACCACGGCUGAUCUCAAGUCGUCCGAUAGUCGCGUCAUACCAGCCACUUCGCGACGGGACGAGGACGGCGCCGAUUACGGAGACUCGGAUGAGAUUGAGAUUGUAAAGCUGCGGAAGGGCCAGGAGCUGAAACUGCGGGCGUACGCUCGGAAGGGGUUCGGCAAGGAGCACGCCAAGUGGAACCCCACCAGCGGCGUGGCAUUCGAGUACGACCCGGACAACGCGCUGCGCCACACGCUGCUACCCAAACCGGAGGAGUGGCCCAAGUCCGAGUACACUGAGAUCGACGAAAGCCUCCACGAAGCGCCAUACCAGGACGGCGCCAGCGCCAACAAGUUCUACUUCAACGUCGAGAGCACCAACGCCCUGAAGCCGGAGAACAUUGUGCUGACCGGUCUGUCACAGCUGAAGAAGAAGCUGAGCGACCUGCAGACGCAGCUCACGCAGGAGAUGAACCAGAACACUGACGCACUGACCAUUCACUGAGCUGCGGUGUAGUCUGAGCACCGGCAAGUGACAUUCAUGUUUUUUUUUUACCAUUAUUGUGUCGAUAACAGCAAGGUUGACGGUUUUCCAUUCAUAGUGUUCCAUCCGGUACCAGUAUCGAGACACAUGUUUGUCAUACUGUCAUUGGGUGUCACAUGAACACCAGUAUCAUGCGAACGGAUAUUGCUGGAUUUGUGGAUUGACAUCGGUAUAAGUUGCCGUUCACGAGAGCUAAGAUGAGUUCAGCAGAUACUAGAGAGAUGCCGGGAGAGACGGGCGUAACUGAACGCGUGUGAAGCGAAGACAAGACUGGGUGGACACCGACGAGGUGUUUGUGUCUAUGUCGCUUUCUAUGUGGGAUUCGCUGAACGGUCAGUGGGUCAGAGCGUGGGUUUGGUCUCGCCCAAUUUUAGCGGUAUCUUGUUUGGUCUAACUAAUGACCGGUUGACGAGGUCACUGCAUUCAAAGGCAUGUCUACAGUGUCAUAACCCCACGUCCAUCAGUGAGAAUAUACCAUACCUACAUGUUUUCACAAA